UUAAAGCGCAUCAAAAUGAAAAUAGUUUCUCGUUACGAAAAGAUAACAUUGUUUAUUUCUCCCGACCCUAACAAGCCCCACAAGCACACGAUGAAGUGUGACUGCGUGGACCGUCUAGUAUCAUACAUGUUUCGAAGUUUGGGAUGGAUGGUCGGCAAGAAGCCCGGCUAUUUUGUUAUAGUUCCUAUCCUUAUCUCGGCCCUUCUUGCCACCGGCAUGCAGAGGAUCAAAUAUGAAGCAGAUCCAGAGUACCUCUUCAGUCCAACAGACGGCCCAGCUAAGCACGAACGAUACGUCAUCGAAACUCUCUUUCCAAUGAACCUGUCCAAGGAUUUCGAUGUGGGCAGGAUGACUCGUAUCAGUCCUUUCGCGAGGAUUAUGAUCGAGGCGAAAAAUGGAAAGAGUAUCUUCGAUAAGGAAGUCUUCGCGGAUUUGAAACUCAUAGAUAGAAUGGUGAAUAAUAUCACGGUGUGGCACAACCACAAAUUAUGGAAGUACAAAAACAUGUGUGCCAAGAAGAACAGGAAAUGUUUCGAAAAUAACAUUUUGGAAUUUGAGGACCGAUUAGAUGAUAUGGCCAAUGGCAAAUAUUCCAUCGACUACCCUCUCAUGAUCAACGAGGUUACAUUCAAAGUGUUCUUCAGCGCCGCUUUCUUAGGUGGCGUAAAAACAGAUGAGUUCAACAUGAUAGAAUCUGCCAGAGCGGUUAAUUUAUUGUACUUCUUGGAAACGGGCCCAAGUAAAAAAGAACGAGCGAAUAUUUGGGAAUCAGCUUUUUUGCAAAUGAUGGAGGAUGCUGAUUUUGAACACCUUAAUGUGGCUUAUUAUACAUCUCUCACUUUGUCUGAAGAACUAGAAAAGAAUACAAUUUCGGUAUUGCCUCUAUUUAGUGUGACGGUAGUCAUUAUGCUUGCAUUUUCUGUAUCAACGUGCAUGAUGUUGGACUGGGUGAAAAGUAAACCGUGGUUAGGUGUACUUGGAUGCUUUUCUUCAGCAGUAGCCGUUGCUGCAGCUUUUGGAUUGACCGUCUAUUGUGGAUUAGAGUUCAUCGGACUUAAUUUAGCUGCCCCCUUCUUGAUGCUCGGUAUUGGAAUGGAUGACACUUUCGUUUUACUGGCUGCCUGGAGAAGAACUGACGACAGACUGAGUGUUCCUGAAAGAAUGGCUCACACGUAUGCAGACGCUGGUGUGUCUAUUACCAUCACAUCACUCACAAAUUUUAUAUCCUUCUGGAUCGGAGUAAUCACACCAUUCCCCUGUGUUCGAAUUUUCUGUAUAUAUACUGCCAUGGCUGUAUUGUUCACGUACAUCUAUCACGUGACAUUUUUCGGAGGAUGCAUGGCUCUCAGUGGGUACGCCGAGAAGAGGAACUUGCACUCGUUUAUUUGCGUCCCAACUAUGCCUAAAUCAUUGGCCCAGGACAGAGGAAAAUGCUUCAAUCUCUUUUGCACGGGUGGACGCAAUCCUACAGAUCCAGACAAUCCAAUGGACAACAAGGAAAAUAUGAUGAUGAAGUUUUUUCGGGACAAACUAGGAGUUUUCCUCAGCAGAAAGCCUGUGAAGUUUGUCAUCAUUGUUGUAUUCUUAAUUUAUCUCGGCUUUGGAUUAUGGGGAUGUACGAAAGUCAAGGAAGGUCUGGAACGCUUCAAAAUGGCACGUUACGAUUCAUACUCUCUAGAUUAUUAUGAGCUAGAGGAUAAAUACUUCAGGAAAUAUCCGUAUCGAAUCCAGGUGGUGAUAAACAAAACGUUAGAUUAUUCCGAUCCUAAAGUUCAAGAGGAAGUUGAAGACCUGCUUCAUAGGCUGGAAAAUAAUAGGCUAAUGGCUGGACCACGGUUUACAGAAUCUUGGUUGAGAAUAUACCAUAGAUUUAUGAAAGAUUCGCGAACGCAAGUUUUUCUCCAGGGUUUCAACAUGAGUAAAAAAGAAGAUUUUUAUAGAGGCAUAAGGCAAGUAUUUUUCAGACUUUCCCAAAAUUAUUUCCAGCAAGAUAUCAAAUUUAAUGAGGAUUAUACAGAGAUUACUGCAUCGAGAUUUGUUCUGCAAACAGAAAACAUAAUGGAUGCUAAUGACGAAAAGAAUAUGCUUUUAGAAUUGCGGCAAAUUGCGGACAAUUCAACGCUACCCGUUGUUGUGUUCAACCAACUCUUUGUUCUCUUUGACCAAUUCCUGUUGAUUAAAGAGACUUCCAUUCAGGCUGUAGGUGUUGCAACAGCAGUUAUGAUGAUAAUUUCUUUUAUAUUUAUUCCCAUCCCUAGCUGUGCGCUGUGGGUAGCAUUUUCAAUAUUUUCCAUAGAAAUAGGAGUGGUUGGUUACAUGAGUUGGUGGAAUGUGAAUCUGGAUGCUAUAUCCAUGAUCAAUCUGAUUCUAUGCAUAGGAUUUUCUGUGGAUUAUUCAGCUCAUAUAACGUAUGCAUACAUAUCUUCUGAGCAAAAAGAUCCAGACAUGCGAAUGAGAAAUGCUUUGCAUUCUUUAGGGCUACCAAUUGCUCAGGGUAGCAUUUCAACUCUUAUAGGAAUUGUUGUAUUAAAUGCAGCGCCAUCUUACAUAUUUACAGUUUUCUUCAAGACUGUAUUUUUAGUUAUACUUUUUGCUGCCAUUCAUGGUUUAUUGCUUCUGCCAGUAUUACUGUCCCUGACUGAUGGUUGGUGCAGUGGAGCGAAAAAAUCAUCUGAAUCCGCUCCAGAAAAAGAUGGUGCACCUCCAUUCUACAUAACUCCCAAACAUAGUGAUAUAUUGGCAAAUCACGAUGGAAAACUUUCGGCUCCAACGUACCGAACUCUCGCAGAUUCUCAUUUUGCUGUAAUAGCAGAAGAACCUAAGUACAAGACUACAGCUACCUGGACAGAUAACGGAGAUCUUGAUCAAGGCAUCGGUACCAGCGGUGAAAGUAGUGACGGAAGUUGGAGAGGUGGUAAUGAUGCCAUCAUUGACCAUGCUCACCAGUUGCAUGGCAGCUCCACUAAGCUAACAUCUGUAGGACAGCCUGGAGAUUCACCGCGUUCGAGGGAGAGAGAAGAUCACGUAAAUCCGGGAUUCGUCGACGACAAUGGUCUGAGAGCUUCAGACCGAAACCGUAUGAUGGGGUAUCACCGUUCUAAUCGGGAUUCUAAUGGAGGUUACCUCGAAAGGUGGGACGACUUGCAUGCACGGCAGGAAUCUCCAAAAAAGCAUUUUAGAGAAAGUAGGGACUUGCCUACGCGGAGAAGCAGCGAUCCUGACAGCCCACUUAGUCGUUACAUGUCACGAUUAAACAGUGGUUAUGUCAGAGAAUUUCAGUUGCCAUUGUGAUUAAGUUGUAUUAUAAGCAUUCUAGGAACAAAUACCUUUGUGUGCCACGUCAUGAAUUUUCUCAUGACAUUUUCAGCGGCCAUUGAUCCUAUUAGAGACAAUUGUGUGAAGUGAAUGGACUACAGCGAAACUCGAUUGUAAGGCCCAGUAAUUAGACUUAAGCUUAUGUUAAUAGUUUCUCAUUCCAAAUGUGAUUAAUUUGAAAGCUGAAGAUUUUAAAAUGUUUGAAACACAUUUAAAAGUUCUUUCUUAAAAAAGCAAUUAUUUGAUAUUUUUUCCAUUGCCACAAGUUUUGCCUUUGAGAAUUAUGUUUAUUUGUUCUACUUACUCUUUUCCUUAUUAGUACUAUAAAAUAAUCUUUUCAAAAGAGAAAUAAAUACUUUUUAAUAUUGCAUAAACCAUUUGUGUUGAGCAAAUAAACAAAACGCUUUUCUUGUAUCCUUGUAUAACUUUAAAUUUCAUGUUUUAAAUAGCAAUAGAUGGCUAUGGCAGUCACUUAUCUUAGUAAGCGUAAUAUAGAAAUUCAAGCAUUGUAGAGAAAUAAAAGCAUUGUAAAAAAAUAAAAGCAUUGUAGAGAAAUAAAAGCAUUGUAGAGAAAUAAAAGCUAUAGCCAAUAUAAAAUUAGUUAAACUACUUUUAAACACAAUUGAAUUUAUAAGAAAGGUAUUUUUGGAAUAGCAAAAGAAUAUUGUUAAAAAAUUAUUCAUCUUCUAAGCAGGUGAAAAUUAUACAAACGAUAACAUUCUAUUUCAGUUAAAAGUACGAAUGAAGAAACCUAAAGCUACAAAUUAUUCCAAAUAGUGUAAUACAAUUUGUUGUUGUUAUUAUUGUUGUUUUUUAAGUUAUUAAUCUUCUGGUUUCUCUGCCUGUGUUUUCAACACAGUCUCUUGCUUAUUAACAAUGAAUAGAAUAUCGAACGUGGGCCUUGCAUUCGGUUGUUUUACAGAAUUUUUUACAAAGUUUUUAUCCUGUGUAAUCCAUUUCUCAUUGUAUAUGUACACGUCAUUGUAGAACGUACAUUUAUGAAUACGGGCGAAUUUCUGAUUUUUUACUAAUUUUUAACUUCGGCUAGUCACUUGAGAUGAACGUUAAGUGCUUAAAUAAUACAUUCAGACAUAAGCUGAAUCAAGGAAAGAAGAAGUCCGGUUUCCAUCAAGCCGCCCUAACAUUAAGAAAGAGAAAAACUCUACGGAUCACUCUACGGAACUCUAUGGAUAAAAUCACAAAAAACUCUACGGAUCAGCCAUAUCAAAUAUAUAUUUCAACAAUACACAGAUGGUAAAAACAACCAUCUAUGAACUUUUUUUGUAAUUUUAUGUAGCCUUUUUGUAUUUAUGUCAGUUUGAAAUAACUGUGACAAUCAUGUUUCCAUAAAUUGUGUGAAAUUUAGUUAAUAAAAUGUCAUUUUUUUCA